AUGAACAUCAGAGAUGAAAGCCUUCAUGGUGGGCACCCACACGGUGGACGAGCACCAGGGAACCGGCCGCACUCGGACCCCCAGACUGGGUCCAGACUACUCAUCAGCAACCGAUACCCGAUACCCCCUGAUGAGGCAACCACCCCCUUCUCCAGAAAGGGGAGACAUCACAGGGCCCAAACUCGUAAUGGGUCGCUGGCCACAGGCGCAGAGCCCCCUCGUCGACCAUCUUUGUUAAGAGUUACCAGGAAUUCACAGGCCGCAUCAUCUUCCACAGAGGAAGGAACAGCACCCGUCACGAAGAGCGCCGCAAGCACUUACGGUGCUACAGUCACCUACCUUGGUCUUGGAGGUGCUACAGUCACCUACCUUGGUCUUGGAGGUGCUACUGUCACCUACCUUGGUCUUGGAGGUGCUACAGUCACCUACCUUGGUCUUGGAGGUGCUACUGUCACCUACCUUGGUCUUGGAGGUGCUACAGUCACCUACCUUGGUCUUGGAGGUGCUACUGUCACCUACCUUGGUCUUGGAGGUGCUACAGUCAACUACCUUGGUCUUGGAGGUGCUACUGUCACCUACCUUGGUCUUGGAGGUGCUACAGUCAACUACCUUGGUCUUGGAGGUGCUACAGUCACCUACCUUGGUCUUGGAGGUGCUACUGUCACCUACCUUGGUCUUGGAGGUGCUACUGUCACCUACCUUGGUCUUGGAGGUGCUACUGUCACCUACCUUGGUCUUGGAGGUGCUACAGUCACCUACCUUGGUCUUGGAGGUGCUACAGUCACCUACCUUGGUCUUGGAGGUGCUACAGUCACCUACCUUGGUCUUGGAGGUGCUACAGUCACCUACCUUGGUCUUGGAGGUGCUACUGUCACCUACCUUGGUCUUGGAGGUGCUACAGUCACCUACCUUGGUCUUGGAGGUGCUACUGUCACCUACCUUGGUCUUGGAGGUGCUACAGUCAACUACCUUGGUCUUGGAGGUGCUACAGUCAACUACCUUGGUCUUGGAGGUGCUACAGUCAUCUACCUUGGUCUUGGAGGUGCUACAGUCACGUACCUUGGUCUUGGAGUCACCUACCUUGGUCUUGGAGGUGCUACAGUCACCUACCUUGGUCUUGGAGGUGCUACAGUCACCUACCUUGGUCUUGGAGGUGCUACUGUCACCUACCUUGGUCUUGGAGGUGCUACUGUCACCUACCUUGGUCUUGGAGGUGCUACUGUCACCUACCUUGGUCUUGGAGGUGCUACAGUCAACUACCUUGGUCUUGGAGGUGCUACAGUCACCUACCUUGGUCUUGGAGGUGCUACAGUCAACUACCUUGGUCUUGGAGGUGCUACAGUCACCUACCUUGGUCUUGGAGGUGCUACUGUUACCUACCUUGGUCUUGGAGGUGCUACUGUCACCUACCUUGGUCUUGGAGGUGCUACUGUCACCUACCUUGGUCUUGGAGGUGCUACAGUCACCUACCUUGGUCUUGGAGGUGCUACAGUCACCUACCUUGGUCUUGGAGGUGCUACAGUCAACUACCUUGGUCUUGGAGGUGCUACAGUCACCUACCUUGGUCUUGGAGGUGCUACUGUCACCUACCUUGGUCUUGGAGGUGCUACUGUCACCUACCUUGGUCUUGGAGGUGCUACAGUCAACUACCUUGGUCGUGGAGGCACUACAGUCACCUUCCUUGGUCUUGGAGGUGCUACUGCCACCUACCUUGGUCUUGGAGGUGCUACUGUCACCUACCUUGGUCUUGGAGGUACUACAGCCACCUAA